GGGGUGAAUCUGUCGGGCGGUCAGAAGCAGAGGGUGAGUCUGGCCCGCUCCGUGUACUGUGACCGUACGGUCUACCUGCUGGACGACCCGCUGUCCGCCGUCGAUGCUCACGUAGGAAAACAUAUCUUUGAGCAGGUGAUCGGCCCGCAGGGACUCCUGAAGGACAAGACUCGUGUGCUGGUCACACACGGCCUGAGUUACCUGCCUCAGGUAGACCUGAUCCUGGUCUUGGUGGAGGGUCAGAUCACAGAGAUGGGAUCCUACCAGCAGCUCAUGGACAGAGACGGAGCGUUUGCCGAGUUCCAGAGGACGUACUCGUCUGGAGAACACGCCGACAGCGCCGACUCCGCCCCUAAGAGUGAAGCUAAAGGUGUGGAGAACGGCAGUGUGACAACUCUGAUGGGCAGCAGUCCGGCUGUCAGCAUUUCGUCCAAUCAGACUGAAAAAGUCGAUCAGCUGACGGACAAAAAGAGUAAAAACCCCGACGUGGGGAAGCUGACGGAGGCAGACAAGGCGAGCACAGGACGGGUGAAGCUGUCUGUCUUCUGGUCGUACCUGAGAGCGAUAGGUGUGCUCCUGUCCUUCAUCAGUCUGCUCCUCUUCCUCGCUCAUCACCUCGUCUCUCUCUUCUCUAACUAUUGGCUCAGUCUGUGGACGGACGACCCCGUGGUCAACGGCACGCAGCCCAACAGACGGAUGAGACUGGGAGUGUACGGGGCGCUGGGACUGUCCCAGGGUGUGGCCGUAUUUGGGUACUCCCUCUUCAUGUCCAUCGGGGGCAUCCUGGCGUCCCGCUGCCUCCAUCAGUCGAUGCUCUACGACGUCCUGCGCUCGCCCAUGUCGUUCUUUGAGCGCACGCCGAGCGGGAACCUGGUGAACCGCUUCGCCAAAGAGAUGGACACGAUCGACUCGGUGAUCCCGAGCAUCAUCAAGAUGUUCAUGGGCUCCAUGUUCAACGUGGUCGGUCCGUGUGUCAUCAUCCUCAUCGCCACGCCGCUGGUCGCCAUCAUCAUCCCCGUGCUCGGCCUGCUCUACUUCUUUGUGCAGAGGUUCUACGUGGCGUCGUCUCGCCAGCUGAAGCGUCUGGAGUCGGUCAGUCGCUCGCCAAUCUACACGCACUUUAACGAGACUCUGCUGGGGACCUCGGUCAUCAGGGCGUUCGGUGAACAGGAGCGCUUCAUACGUGAGAGCGACCAGCGAGUCGACCACAACCAGAAGGCGUACUACCCCAGCAUCGUGGCCAACAGGUGGCUGGCGGUCCGUCUGGAGUUUGUAGGAAACGUCAUCGUGUCGUCUGCUGCUCUGUUUGCCGUCAUCGCCAGAGAGAGUCUGAGUCCGGGCAUCAUGGGUCUGUCCAUCUCGUACGCCCUGCAGCUGACCGCCUCUCUCACCUGGCUGGUCAGGAUGUCGUCUGACGUGGAGACCAACAUCGUGGCGGUGGAGCGAGUGAAGGAGUACAGCGAGACGGAGAAAGAGGCCGAGUGGAAGCUGGACUCAUCCUCUCUCCCUGCAGGCUGGCCCACUGAGGGCCACAUUCAGAUCCGAGGCUUCAGUCUGAGGUACAGACCGGACCUGGAGCCCGCCAUCCGCAACAUCAGCAUCGACAUCCAGGGAGGAGAGAAGGUGGGGAUUGUGGGUCGUACUGGAGCGGGGAAGUCUUCUCUGAUGCUUGGUCUGUUCAGGAUCAUCGAGGCUGCAGAGGGAAACAUCUUCAUCGACGGCGUGGAUGUUUCUAAACUGGGUCUGCAUGAGCUCCGGUCCAGAAUCACCAUCAUCCCGCAGGACCCGGUUCUGUUUUCAGGCUCCCUGAGGAUGAACCUGGACCCAUUUGACUGUUACUCUGACGAGGAGGUGUGGAGAGCGCUGGAGUUCUCUCACCUGAAGAGCUUUGUGUCCGGGCUGCCCGACAAACUGAACCACGAAUGCAGCGAGGGAGGAGAGAACCUCAGUGUUGGGCAGAGGCAGCUGCUGUGUUUAGCUCGAGCUCUCCUGAGGAAGACGAAGAUCCUGGUCCUGGACGAGGCCACAGCGGCUGUGGACAUGGAGACAGACAACCUGAUCCAGUCAACCAUCCGCUCCCAGUUUGAGGAUUGCACCGUGCUGACCAUCGCCCACCGCCUCAACACCAUCAUGGACUACAACAGGGUUCUGGUUCUGGAGAAAGGAGAGAUGGCAGAGUUCGACUCGCCCGCCGUCCUCACGGCUCAGAGAGGAGCUUUUUACAAGAUGGCCAAGGACGCAGGGCUGGUCUGAAUGCAGGAAGAGGUCCUCACCUGGUCCAGCUGCUCCUCUGAGCCCCCUCCAGCUCCUCUGCCUCUCCCCCCCCCCCCCAGGGUAGGUCUGGAGUUCGAGAGGGGGGGUUAAGGCGGUUCAGAUAAGGGCGCCUGUUGACUGGAGAGAACUCAGGAUCUAUCCCGCUCCAUCUGCUCCGUCCUGCCAGCCCAGAUCAUCUACUUCCUGUUUCCUGUUGUUCACGUCCUUUUACUGCCGGAGGAGCCGACAAGUUCAGACUUUAAUCUGACGGACGAUUGUAUCUGCUUGAGUUUUUAUUGUGUCUCUCAGAGCUGUACGUGUAGAUCUUAUAGUGCCAAACAUAUAUGGAUUUAUAUUAGAGAGACUCAGAGAGCAUCUUUCAACGCCAUUAUUCAGGUACACUGAUGAUGUCACAGACACAUAAAUGAGACGCUAAAAAACGCACAAACUGACCUUUAAACGCAGCUCUCAUUGUUUCAUUACUGUGCGUGUGUUCAGCUUUAAGUUUGACAGAUUAUUUAGGUCUAAAGGUACUGAGUGUACACUAUGAGGACGUCAUCGUCUGCUUUAUGUUCUGAAUGUUUGAGUCUGUGAAGACGUUUCUGACAGAAGUGUUUUUCUUAUUUCUCUGCAUCGCUUUGUGUGACUGUUUUUAUUUUAAGUGAAUAUUAAAGAUAUUUUCAGAAUAAAG